AUGAAACACAUUGUUAGAUCUUGUGUUUGUGUUACUGUAACAGAGGUUUUAUACGUAUAUUAUAUUGGUAAUAAUUUUUUGGAAGAAACUAAAUUACAAACAAAGAACUACAUUGCAUUGUUUUUUUCUGUAGCAUUGUUGGGAACGUCCUACGCUGACAAGAAUUUCCUACCAGUUCCACCUGCUCCUCGCUACUCCUAUGGCGCCCCAGACCUGAGGUCUGGGACCACAACCCUAGAUGAGCAGGAAGACCCAUUAGCUAUCCUGGCGGCCCUUAUCCCCAAGGGCGGCGUCCCUGGCAAAGAUUAUCCUAUCCUAGCUUCUGUGCCCAACACUGGCUUCUCCUGCGAAAACCAGGAGUUUCCUGGUUACUUCGCUGACACCGCUGACGAGGCUCGCUGUCAGACCUUCCACAUCUGUCAGUUCGACGGCCGCCACGACUCCUUCCUAUGUCCCAACGGCACUGUCUUCAACCAGCAGUACUUCGUGUGUGACUGGUGGUUCAACGUGGACUGCGGCGCCUCCGAGCAGUUCCGCAGUCUCAACGCUGAGAUCGGCAAGACUCCCGAGGACGUGGAUGCUUCUAUCCGCACUGAUGCUGGGACGCCCAACCAACUGUACGGUGUCCCUGAACAGCGCCAAACGUCCCCACCACCUCCACCACAACCCUCACAACUCUACAACAGACCUAACAGGUUCUGAUUCUAUCCAAGCACCUCCCUCGCUGUCGUCACGGUUCUAUAACAGACCCAACAGGUUCUAACUAGUCCAGCACCUGCUCCAGACAUUUAUGUACUACGCUUAUGGUCUCAAGAAAUUCUUUGCUUCUCGCAUAGUUCAUGUAUAUAUUUAUUUAUUUAUCGCUUUCACUACAUUACCUUCAAGUAUUCUUGGGGUUGAAUCCAUAGGUUGCUACCAGUUACCAGAGGUUCAAUCCUCCACUGUGCCUUGCUGCAAAGGUGCUUCAAUAACCAGGUCAGUAGCACCACAAGACUAAGAUGUGGACCUGGCUCCUACAGCUGUUCACGUUGAACGACCCUUAAGGCUUUAGCUUUCUUCAUUCGUCAGGACGAACGCCUCCUAAAUUCUCGUAAUAGUACUGAUAACUCAUCAGUGAGUAGUCAAAACUUUAAUCUCCUUGAUUCGCCGGUACAAAAAACUUAAAUCUUAAUAUAUAUAUUUAA